GAGAACCCUUCAUCCGCUGCAUCCCUUGGCCACUUCGAUUGUACCCGGUACCCAGUGCAUUCCGCUUCGUAGUACCUUGUCCUCCAAGCGAGAACCGCAUCCAAGGAACAGCCCGCCAGCCAGCUCGGCAGGAGACCGAAAUCAUAACGAAAUGCUGUAUAUCGCAUAAAGCUACCUGCGCCCUUGGUCCGCGUUAAUUGCACUUCUCCUUUCUGCUCCCACGCAGCUUAACUCUCGCCUUGCGUUGCAGCCAUGACGGACUUAACACCCGUCCUCAAUGAGCUGCUGAAGAGCCACGAUGCUCGCCCGACCGCCAAUCCAUCUCUCUCCCUCCAGCAUAUCGAUGCUUUCCUGACCGAGGCAUACCGCAUUAACUCACAUAUCGCAUCACUCAAUACCUACCUGAGAGGCAUACGGCAGGCCUACCUCUCGACCGCGCCCCCUCCCCGACGAACAUAUAGCGCCGCGAAAGGGCCACAGUCGACGCAUCUGACAGAUCGCCAGAAGGAGGAGAUUGACGCCGAGACGAAGCAGUUACUACGAGAGUUGAAUGCCAGUAUCAGGAACCUGGCAGAUGCGGAACAGCUACGGCAGAAUACCGAGACCACCCUCACGCGAAAGAAAUAUGCACGGCUAGGCUUGGGAGCCCUUGGGUCAUGGGCAGCGGGCGGUGUUGGGCAUACAAAGUCACAUGAGCAGGAGCUGGACGAAGCUAAAGCCAGCGCGAUCAGUAUGCACCGGGAGAGCGUGCUAUGGUAUCUACGACAGAAGCUACAAGAAUGCGGGAGCUUCCAGGCCUCGAUGAUGGAGAAGCGGAUCAUGCGCGAGGUGGAAAAGAACAGGAGCGUCCUGGCGAAAUCUCGAAGAGGGCCCGUGCCUGAGCUGAGCGGGUUGAGUGAUGCCCCCGUGCCUCCAGCGACAUACCCCGGGGCGGCGGCGGCACACAUGGAGACGCCGCAGUACAACCCGGAGCAGGAGUUGACCCCGGAACAGAUCCAGAUGUUUGAGAAGGAGAACCAAGAUAUGCUGAAGCAUUACGAGAGCACGCUGGACCAAGUCAGGACCGCCGAGAAAUCCCUGGUCGAGAUCUCGGAGCUGCAGACGCAGCUCGUGAACAACCUGGCGACACAGUCGGCGCACAUCGAUCAGCUGGUGGCGGAUUCGGUUACCACGGCCGAGAAUGUCGGGGGCGGGAAUAAGCAGUUGAAGAAGGCGGCCGAGCGGAAGAGCACGGCGAAAUAUGUGUUCUAUGCGUCCUGUGGCCUGAGUCUGUUCUUAGUGGUGUGGGACCUGGCGAUAUGAGUGAAAGUGAUUGGCAUGUGGAUUGCAUGUGAAAGCGAAGAUGGGGAUGAAAAUGGAAAUGGAGAUGAAAACGAAAACGAAAACGAAAGAAAAAAGUAAAGAAAAAGUCAAAUCAUGAAUGUGACUGUCAAUCAAGAGCC